AUGCCUCAACAAGAGCCGUGGUUGGACGACCCAGACAUGGCAGACGACCCAGUUUGGCAGCUGGCUUUAGCAGCACUCAAGGAAGGCCAGGAGACGCUGGACUGGGAUGCAGAGCAGGAUCGUCUCGAAGCUCAAUACAAGGAAGAAGCUCUUCGUGAAGCCGCUGAAGCCAAAGCAGCUGCUGCCCGUGAGGCCGAAGCCCAAGAAGCCGCUGUCCGUGAGGCCAAGGCCAAAGCCCAAGAAGCCGCUGUCCGUGAAACUGUCACCAAAGAUGCCGCCAACGACGAAGCCGGAGACACCUCACGAGUCGCCACCCGAGAGGGCGCGAGCCAAGAAGCCACUGGCGCACCUCUCGCCUCAGCAGCAACCGCCGCACCAGAGCGAGAAGCGAGCGCAGGAGACAUCAUUGCGGAUCGGGAGGCAAUGAGGGCCAAGACUGCGUUGUACGAGAAGUACAGGGAAGAGACCGAUCCCGAGUUCCUCAUCUUCAGAACACCGGACGGCGAUGAGUUGCACAAGGAAGACAUGACAGACGUCAUAUGUUUCUUCACUCGUUUCAGCCGCUAUCGAAGCAACACCAAUGGCCUGAAGACACUCUGGGACUUGGUGCAAGCUGGUUCCCGGCUCUACUGCGUGGCUGCAUACACAAAGUAUUUCGAACCUUCCGAGCGUAAGAAUGGUCAGGGCAAGGAUGAGGCGUGCGACAGAUGCGCUGCGGUUUUGUACCCGUGCGUGGUGAGACGUGGAGGCAAGUUCAUUCUCCUCCCGCCGAUGGAGAUCGAAGAAGAAGAGAUGGAGAAGGAGGCCGAAGAACAGGAUGCGGAGAUGCAGGAGGCAGACGAGGAAGACCCGAUGGACACUGCGUGA